CGUCUUCCAGACAUGACACGUAACCUUUUGGCUUCAAACGGCGUUUCACGUAAGCAAAGAUCUUCUUUGGGGCCAUCCUCGCGUCAGUUGCAAGCUUUUCUUCGAACUUCAGGCGCUUUAUCAAUUUCACUUUGUUGCAAAUAUUUCGCUGUCUUUUAUAUGCUUCGUAAUCAGUGGCGGAGCCAGAGAGGCGAAAUGCGUCCCACAUUCUUCGCCGUAACCGAGCCAGCCUACCAUAUUCCUUGUCGAACCAGUGUGGUUUGAUUGGUCCGACUUUCUGAAAUUUCAACGGCACAAACUGAGAACAAAGCAAAGCCAAUCCUUCCUUUAUUACUGUCCAACCGUCCUCCACAGAUGUAACAUGCGGUACAGACCAAUCCAUUUGGCUCGCUGCUCGAUUCAGUCCAUCGAAAUCAGUUUUCCAGUAGUUGUAAGCUGGUUCCACCGGAGAUACACUCGGCAAGUUCAGUUCCAUAGUGGCUAUCAGCACGGAAUGG